AGUUUUGUGGUGAUAACAGCUAUCAGUGAACCCUAUGGCAUGCUGAAAGAUGUACCCACCAAACUAGAAGGCAACGAUCAGUAUGAGGGAUUUGGCAUAGAACUUAUUGAAGAAUUAGGCAAAAAAUUGGGUUUCUCCUACAGCUUCCGUUUACAAGAGGAUGGUAAAUAUGGCAAUUUAGAUUCGAAAACCAACUCCUGGAAUGGUAUGAUUUUGGAAAUCAUGGAAGGGCGUGCUGAUUUGGGUAUAACCGAUUUAACUAUGACAUCGGAUCGAGAAAGUGCUGUCGACUUUACUAUUCCUUUUAUGAAUCUCGGUAUUGCCAUUUUAUUUCGCAAACCCAUGAAGGAACCACCCAAACUCUUCUCCUUUAUGUCACCAUUUUCCGGAGAAGUAUGGCUGUGGUUGGGUCUAGCUUAUGUUGCCGUCUCCUUGAGCAUGUUUAUAUUGGGUCGCAUAUCACCACCCGAAUGGGAUAACCCGUAUCCUUGCAUAGAAGAGCCUACUGAACUUGAGAACCAAUUUACAUUUAUUAAUUGCUUUUGGUAUGCUGUAGGUACACUCUUGCAACAAGGUUCGGAAUUAGCACCAAAAGGUUUUUCAACACGUGCUGCUGCCUCAUUUUGGUCGUUCUUUACAUUGAUUCUGGUGUCUUCGUAUACAGCCAACUUGGCUGCAUUUUUAACGGUCGAAUCAUUAAGCACACCUAUAGAGAAUGUCGAGGAUUUGGCUGCUAACAAAGGUGGUGUUAACUAUGGUGCUAAAAUUGGCGGCAGUACAUUUACAUUUUUCAAGGAUGCAAAAUUUCCAACUUAUCAAAAAAUGUACGAGUUUAUGUCAAGUCAUCCGGAGUACAUGACAUCUUCGAAUGCUGACGGUGUUACACGUGUCGAACAGGAAAACUAUGCCUUUUUAAUGGAAUCCACAACGAUUGAAUAUAUCACGGAACGACGUUGCAGUCUAACACAAGUUGGUUCAUUAUUAGAUGAGAAAGGAUACGGUAUUGCAAUGCGUAAAAAUUGGCCUUAUCGUGACAUACUCAGUCAAGCUGUAUUGGAAUUACAGGAGCAAGGUGUUUUAACAAAAAUGAAAACAAAAUGGUGGCAAGAAAAACGAGGUGGUGGCGCUUGUGCGGCAACUAGUUCUGAAGCUGGAGCAUUGGCCUUAGAAAUUAGCAAUUUGGGUGGUGUAUUCUUGGUACUAAUCGGGGGUUGCAUAUUUGGUAUGUUCGUUUCAAUUUCGGAAAUGUUGAUGGGCGUCAAGGCGCGCUGUGACGAGAACAAGGUCCCCUUCAAAUCCGAAUUAAUGGAUGAGCUGCGCUUUGUAUUAAAAUUUUCUGGCAACACUAAGCCUGUUAAAUAUCCCAAACGCUCGAGCUCCAAAUCUACAGCAUCUUCGAAAGGUGGUUCGACCUCUUCAUUGUCAGUAGAAUCUUUGACUCAUGAUGAUCAACAUUUGCAAAAACGCAAAUCAAUGAAAUAAUUUAAUAAAUUGUAUUUUUUUUGAUGAAUAAAGUAUUUAAUAAAAAAAGUUAAA